GCGUUCUGAUUGGUACAUUUUUAAACACACGGUUAAAUUUUUAGAAAAUUAUAGCACGAUGACGACUCCGAGUUAGGUCAGCAAAUCAGAAAUGUUAUCAACGGUUCUUUGUUUUCUGUUCCUGCACUAGUUGCACUAAUUUGCACUAGUUUUCUUCUCUUCUCUUCCCUGUCUAAUCUCAAGAAAGAGAUGAAAAGAGAUUUAUACAACCUACCGCAGCUAAUUCAGCCAAAAAGAAUAGAUUCUCCAUUGACUCCAGUGAAUACACGUUUGGUUAACUUAUAAGAAUCGUCUGAAACAAUGAACUGCCCACCACGGCUUAUUUCUAAGUGCUAUACUCCAAAAGUUUUAUGGAGCCAAUCAGACCUCAUUGUUACUAUUCGUAUUCUUUUAAUUGAUGUAUCCGAUUAUUAUCUUCGAGUGGAGAGUGAUCACUUACUUUUUAGUACAAUAACAAAUGGUAAAAAGUAUUAUCUUAUCCUGUAUUUAUUCGGACCGGUGAUAGCGGAAAAAACAGUACACAAGAAUAUUGAGAGAGAGAUUAAGAUCUACCUCACGAAGGAAUUCAAAUGGUUUAAAUGGUUAAGACUGAUUCGGUCCAAAGAAAAGGACAUAUUUAUUACAUACGACGUGAAUUGCAUAAGUGAAACAAAUCAUUUUCAGAAAAAUUACUGCACUUAUGGUAACGUCGAGAAUAUUAAACGUCGAUAUAAUAUACAGUAUAUAAGGCCACCUCUUGUAGAUGAGGAGGAUUCUGAUACAGAUGAUGAAAAUUUAGAUUUUCUACGAUAUGCAUAAUAUACAUCUCAUAUAUAUUUGUUCAUUAUGUUUGUCAGAAUACAAAGUUUUUUAUAAAAGAAAAAACUAUAUAUUUUAUUUUUAAUUAGAUAUUUUAUACCAAGUACAUUAGGAACAUGUGAAGAAUGAUUGUGUACACAGCCAACAUAAUGGUCUUAACACAUGAAUGUUCUAUAUAUGCGUGUAAAUGCCUGUACAUAUUUAAGCACAUACAUCUACUAUAAUGCAUUUCUUAUAAGUAAAAUACUAAAGUGACAUAACUUUAUGUAUUAAAGCUGCUAUUCUAAUUUAUGUAUAUUCAGUGGACCAAUUUAAACGAAAACUUU